AUGAGCAACCUCGAGGCGUCCCAUAUCAACUCUAUCAACGCGAUAGCGAAUUUCCUAGCACACGUCGAAAUCCCAUCGCUUUCAUCAUACAAGUCACAGAUCGACGUCAUUGUUCUCUGUGGAAACUCCAUUCUCCCGAUAGCAGAUCACGUUUUCUCAGCACUAGAAGCAAAUCCAAGGCUGGUCAAAUGUCUCGUGAUUUGUGGUGGCAUAGGUCAUUCAACGGGCUAUCUAUACGAAGCUGUGGGUGCACACGCAAAGUAUCGUUCGCGUGCAGAUGACAUUCAAGGUCUGCCUGAGGCAAGAGUGCUUGAGCUGAUUCGGACGAAGUUCUAUGACGUGGCGAAGGUGAGCGGGAGUGGUUUGAAGGUUAUCAUUGAAGACCAGUCGACGAAUUGUGGUGCAAAUGCCAUUGAGACCAGGAGGGUGCUCGAUGCUGCGGGCAUAACGAGCCCUGAGCAGAUCGUCAUUGUGCAGGAUCCGACUAUGAGUCUGCGGACCCGAGCAGCGUUCCAGAAGGUAUAUGCUGAUCACACAGACCCUCCACGAUUCGAGACUUGUCCGACCUUCAUUCCCAAGCUCACAGUUUCGGACAGUGGCGAAGUCCAGUAUGACAUUGCUGGUCCAGACCCGAAGGACUAUGGUCGACGGACCGGUUCUUGGAUCUCGUUAUGGGCGAGAUCCCACGGCUGCGGGACGUACCUGAAGGCUAUGGUCCUCGUGGCAAGGGUUUCAUCGUUCACGUUGACAUCCCAGAUGAGAUCGAGCAGGCAUUUGCGAAUCUGGAGAGCGCUGUGGUCAACCGAAGAUGAUUUGCUGCCCGUUUGA